AUGGAGUUCCUGAGGAAGAAUAAGGCAGUGAUUGAUAUAGAAAGGGGUAUCUGUACAAUCCGAGUAGGUGAACAGGAGGUAACGCUGCAAUUGUUGCGCGGCAAGGUCAAAAGAGUCAACACUGAGCACAAAGUUAAGGGGGACGACGUGUUUGUCACGGUGGAGACGGGUGCCCUCAGGGGUGUUGUGUCGACGUCGCUCAACGGCACGCUCUACAGCAAGUUCGUCGGCAUCCCCUUCGCCACCCCGCCGCUCGGUGACCUCCGCUUCAGGGCACCAACGCCGGCGGCCAGCUGGACUGGAACGCGAGAUGCGCUGACCUACGGCUCGAGGUGCCCUCAGAAAGGUCGUGGCUCUGAGGAUUGCCUGUACGGCAACGUGUACGUGCCCCUGGUGAACGACAGCUCUCCACUGGCCGUGAUGGUCAAUAUCCACGGUGGCGGCUACACGACGGGUUCCUCCAGAUUUAGGAGGCCGGAUUUCUUCAUGGACAAGGGGGUUCUGCUGGUCACAUUCAACUAUCGCCUCGGUUCUGUUGGUUUCCUGAGCCUGCGGAACGACGACAUUCCUGGCAACGCUGGCCUGAAAGACCAGGUGUUCGCCCUGCAGUGGGUGCAGCGCAACAUCGCGGCCAUCGGCGGCGACCCAGACAAGGUCACCAUCUUCGGGGAGAGCGAAGGUGGUUCCUCCACGUCACACUUGUUCCUCUCCCGGCGUCCGAAGGUGAGUCUCACCCAGAGUCUGUUCCGUGGAGCGAUCAUGGAGAGCGGCGUAGCGAAUGGCAACUGGAGCGUGGAGCCGAGCCCCAGAGAGAAGGCGUACCGCCUGGCGGCGGCGCUCGGCUUCCAGACGCAGGGCGCCAAUGAUUCCGCCAUAGCUGCCUUCCUGAGGGAGGCCGACCACACAGACCUCACGAGGGACAACAGCCGGGCCCUCUCAGACUUCGAGAAGCCAACCCACAAGGGGAUCGCCUUUUCGCCCGUUAUUGAGCCGCAGUCGGACACGGCGGUUGUCACCGAGUCUCCAGGAGACAUCCUGAGGGACGGCCGCUACAACCAGGUCGCCGUCAUGGCGGGCGUCACUUCCGCAGAUGGCAGCGUCAUUGUUGAAUGUACGUAG